CACGAUCUCAAUUCCCACCCCGCGUGCACCACAAGCUCCAAUCCCCUAACUCGUAUAUACAGCCACGCCCGCCUCACCGUCCUUGAUCUUCCCCCCUAUCUGAUCAGAUCCUUUGGACAUGGCGUCGCCCAUGCUCUCCACGGCCAUGGCGCCACUCCAGGGGGGCAUGCUGGAGUUCUCCGGGCUGAGGAGCUCGUCGUCGCUGCCGCUCCGGCGGAAUGCCACCUCCGACGACUUCAUGUCCGCGGUCUCCUUCAGGACAUACGCGGUGAGCACCAGCGGCGGGUCGCGGAAGGCGCCGACGGAGGCCAAGCUCAAGGUGGCGAUCAACGGGUUCGGGCGCAUCGGGCGCAACUUCCUGCGUUGCUGGCACGGGCGCGGCGACAGCUCGCCGCUGGAGGUCAUCGCCAUCAACGACACCGGAGGCGUGAAGCAGGCGUCCCACCUCCUCAAGUACGACUCCACGCUCGGCAUCUUCGACGCGGACGUCAAGCCCGUGGGCGACAACGCCAUCUCCGUCGACGGCAAGGUGAUCAAGGUGGUGUCCGACCGCAACCCCUCCAACCUGCCGUGGGGUGAGAUGGGCAUCGACCUCGUCAUCGAGGGCACCGGCGUCUUCGUCGACCGCGCCGGCGCGGGCAAGCAUCUCGAGGCCGGCGCCAAGAAGGUGCUCAUCACCGCACCCGGCAAGGGCGACAUCCCCACCUACGUCUGCGGCGUCAACGCCGACCUCUACACCCACGCCGACACCAUCAUCAGCAACGCCUCCUGCACCACCAACUGCCUCGCCCCCUUCGUCAAGGUGCUCGACCAAAAGUUCGGCAUCAUCAAGGGAACCAUGACCACCACCCACUCAUACACCGGCGACCAGAGGCUGCUGGACGCGAGCCACCGCGACCUGCGCCGUGCCCGCGCCGCGGCGCUCAACAUCGUGCCCACCUCCACCGGCGCGGCCAAGGCCGUGGCGCUGGUGCUGCCCAACCUCAAGGGCAAGCUCAACGGGAUCGCGCUCCGGGUGCCCACCCCCAACGUGUCCGUGGUCGACCUUGUGGUGCAGGUCUCCAAGAAGACCCUCGCCGAGGAGGUGAACCAGGCGUUCCGCGACGCCGCCGCCAACGAGCUCAAGGGCAUCCUCGACGUCUGCGACGAGCCGCUCGUGUCCGUCGACUUCAGGUGCUCCGACGUGUCCUCCACCAUCGACGCGUCGCUCAGCAUGGUCAUGGGAGACGACAUGGUCAAGGUCAUCGCGUGGUACGACAACGAGUGGGGUUACUCCCAGAGGGUCGUCGACCUCGCCGACAUCGUCGCCAACCAAUGGAAGUGAACGCCGGACGGCGGCAUUGCCCUGUGAAGUGACUCCUCUCGAAAUUUUCCCCAGCCAUCGUCACGGAUGAUCGAUUCUUUGUAAUGAGAAUUCAGAGUAUCGAACUCCCAACAGCUUCUUUUUUUUCCUUUCUUUUCUUGUUCUUCUUUUUUCUUUCUCUGAUUUUUCAGUGUCCAGACACGGAUUAUAAUAGACUUCCUGCAAAGGAAGUCUCAACGCUGUGCAUCUGUAAUAUAUACUAUCGUUUGCCAGGUUCUGAUGUACUCCCUCUGUUCCAAAAUAUAAGUCUUUGUAGAGAUUUCGUUA